AGAAUUAGAGAGAUGAGACGGUAAUAAGUAAGACCGUGUGGACCCCACUCGGACUGCACGGAGACAGCAGUUUCAGUUUUCUUCUAAAGAAAAAUCUAAUCUCUCUCUGUCUGAAUUCUGAAACGACUUCCGUCUCCUUCCACCAUUCUUCACUUAUCAGUGUCAAACCAGUCGACAGACAGGGAUAUACCUACAUUCGCCUAGUUUCAGAUCUGUAAAAAGAACAUCUUCAAAAACUUCGUAAGAAUGAAGGCUGUAAUUCUAGUAGGAGGAUUCGGAACUCGAUUGAGACCUCUUACAUUCAGCAUGCCAAAACCUCUUGUUGAUUUUGGUAACAAGCCCAUGAUUUUGCAUCAGAUUGAAGCACUAAAAGCUGCUGGAGUUACUGAAGUUGUAUUAGCUAUCAACCAACAACAACCAGAGGUGAUGUUGAAUUUUGUGAAAGAAUACGAGAAGAAGCUGGAGAUGAAGAUCACCUUCUCCCAAGAAACCGAACCCCUAGGGACAGCAGGGCCUCUCGCUCUGGCUCGUGACAAGCUCCUCGACGACGAAUCAGGCACACCCUUCUUCGUGCUGAACAGCGACGUCAUCUGCGAAUACCCACUCCUCGAGAUGAUCCAGUUCCACAAGAGCCACGGCGCCGAAGCUUCCAUCAUGGUGACCAAAGUAGAUGAUCCUUCAAAGUACGGCGUGGUUGUUAUGGAGAAAGAAGCAAAAGCAAGAGUCGAGAGUUUCGUCGAGAAACCGAAACAUUUCGUGGGGGACAAGAUCAACGCUGGGAUAUACCUCUUGAACCCGUCCGUGCUCGACAGGAUCGAGCUGAGACGGACGUCGAUAGAGAAAGAGAUAUUCCCCAAGAUCGCCUCGGAGAAAAAGCUUUACGCCAUGGUGCUGCCAGGUUUCUGGAUGGACAUAGGUCAGCCGAGAGAUUACUUGACAGGGCAGAGAAUGUAUCUCGACUAUCUGAGAAAGAACGCGCCGGGGGAGCUUUUAGCGUCGGGAGAUCACAUAUUAGGGAAUGUUAUGGUGGAUGAGACAGCGGUUAUUGGAGAAAGAUGCUUGAUAGGGCCUGACGUGGUGAUCGGUCCGGGAUGCGUGAUUGAACCGGGCGUGAGGCUGUUUGGUUGCACUGUGAUGAGAGGCGUGAGGAUCAAGGAACAUGCUUGUGUGUCUGAUAGUAUCGUGGGGUGGGACUCGACCGUUGGAAGCUGGGCUCGUGUGGCUGACGUAACGGUUCUUGGGAAAGAUGUUCACGUUGCUGAUGCUGAGGUUAUACAAAUGUCUGCUAAACCAGAGAUCGUCUAGAAAGUGUGAUUCCAUCCUAUUUAUUAUUAUAAUGUUAUUUGAAACCUCAUUUUUUUCUUUGAUUAGCUCUUCUUGUAGUAUGAUUUUAUAUUAUGUUUGAUCAACUUGCUCUCAUUCGGUUUAA